UACAAACAGUCAGCUCCGAGACACAGACACUGAGCUGCGCUACGCCAGACAGACAGACAGACAUGAUCUCCUAACUCCGUCUCUGACAGACUGACAGACUAACGGACAGCUGCGGCCAUUGGACUACAGCAACAAGAACUCUACCUUCUUCUUCUAAUUUUCCUUUUUUCUGGCUAACAACUUCAACUGCAGCUAGCGAACAUUGCAACAGCUGCUUUAAUCUUUCUGCCUUUCUCCUUUUCCCUCUCCUGAAUUCUUCCUCUUUUUAUACUUCUCCUCCCCUUUUCUAUCUCUUUCUCCUUUCCCCCUCCUCUUCUCGAACUUCAGUUGUGCUGCCUAUUCUUUCUCUCCCCUCUGUCUUAUUUAAACAUUUCCUUUCCUUUCAAUCCUUUCCACCUCUCCCUCUCUAUUUUGUAUCAUCUAUCUCUUGACUUAUACCUCUUCAUUUCUCUCCCUCCCCUCAUCUCUCUUUCAUACUCUCCUGGAUAUCAGCUAUAUUCCUCUCCUCUCCAUUCCUGGCUGCAUUGCGCCAUGCUUUCCUCUCAGGCUGUCGUUUUGCACCCUUAUGGACUUCCUGUCUACCCCCAACCUCCUUCCUGUUAUUCCGGACUUGUCCAGGGUGCUCCCCCAGGUUCGGAUGGUGGCUCCAGCUCUGCUGACCCCUCCCUGACCACAGCCUAUGGCCCGCCCCCUGCCUACCCUCCUGCCCAGGCUCCUCCCACCAUGCAGGGUCCCCGCCUCCCCAUGGAGUUCAGCCCCGCCCACCCUUCUGUCUUGGGGGUGGAGUUUCAGGAGCAUGGGCUCAGAAUGUAUCAGCCCGGCCCGCCCCCCUCGCUGCCUGAGCAGAACACUGACACCAACCCUCCCAGCAACACGCAGCAGGAGGACUCCGCUCAGUUGGACCUAUCCCAGAAUGCCGCAGGGCAGGAGGACGACAGCAGUAAGCCUCAGCCCAAGCGUCUGCAUGUGUCCAACAUUCCUUUUCGAUUCCGAGACCCGGACCUGAGACAGAUGUUCGGGCAAUUUGGAAAAAUUCUCGAUGUUGAAAUCAUCUUUAAUGAAAGGGGAUCAAAGGGGUUUGGUUUCGUCACGUUUGAAAGCAGUUUAGAAGCGGACAGCGCUCGGGACAAAUUAAACGGAACCAUUGUGGAAGGAAGAAAGAUUGAGGUCAAUAAUGCGACAGCGAGAGUCGUCACAAAGAAACCUCAACCCCCUCUGAUCAACGCUGGUUGGAAAAUCAAUCCAAUGGUGGGAGCAGUUUACGCCCCUGAGCUGUUUACCAUGGCCAGUUUCCCCUAUCCAGUAGCCCCGCCCACCCUGGCUUACAGAGGUGCCGCCCUCAGGGGGCGUGGCAGGGCAGUCUACAACACAAUUCGCUCAGCCACUGGGGCCACGCCCACUCCAGUCCCCGCCUACCCAGGUCUUGUCUACCAGGAUGGACUCUAUGGUGCAGAAGUCUAUGGAGGUUACCCUGCCUACCGUGUGGCCCAGCCGGCCUCUGCAACGACAACCUACAGUGACGGGUACGGUAGAGUGUACACCACAGCUCCAGAUCCCUACCACCACACUGUGGGACCCACCGCCACGUACGGAGUCAGCACAGUGGCCAGUCUGUAUCGAGGAGGUUACAAUCGAUUCACCCCCUACUGACAACUGCUGUCCAGGAAAUAUCCAUGACAUCACUUCCCGCCAGGGGGGGGUCCACUUCCCAGGACCUGGUGGUUGACGACAUCACUUCCUGUGAUCCUGAGACAGGUUUUCACCUAGGGAAUGACUUAAUUUCCUGUUUCUGGAAGCCAUUGAAACUAGACUAUAAUAAUUGUAUGAAAAGAAAUAAGGAACUGUUAAUUUUCUCAAAUAGUUUGUACAUAGGUU